GGCUGAAUCAGACUACAAAACAUUACACAUGGAAGACACAAAACACUGUACUCCCUGCAAAACCAAAGAUAAGGAGACAAAACCUGAGUUCUACUGCACUGAUUGUGAGGCUUACUACUGCGAGGAUUGUUUUGAGCUGCAUCUAAGGGUACCUUACCUUGCCAAGCAUAUUGUCUUGAAACAUGAUGACAUUGACAUCUGGUCAAGAGAUCAGUAUAAGUGUACUUCACAUGGCAAAAACCUUGAAUUCUUCUGUAAAGAACAUACGAUGUUAUGUUGUCAUGUUUGCAUAUCGCUAAAGCAUAGGUCAUGUACCGACAUGGAAUAUAUCUUAGAAUCGGCAAUGCAAAAUAAUUUGGAAGACGACGUAAAAGACAUGAUGAGACAAAUCGAAGAGCAACUCCGUAUUAUCGAAUCUUGCGCCGAUAAAGUAAGGGAAAAAACAGAAAGUAACCAAACGUCAAGGUCCGGGUACAUAAAGGAACUAGAAUCAUUUCGCAGUAGAAUAAACGAAAUGUUUGAUUCGCUUAUAGAGAAAUCAUUUGAAGAGGUGAAGGAGAAGUUCGAUCAAAAUGACUAUUAUUCCGAUAACGUAAGACAAACAUUAACUCGAUUUGAAGGCAAACUAAAAGAGUUUGAGCAACUACUCAAAUCAACUGCUGUUGGGAAAGAACCUCUUGUUUAUAUAAGUCUAAAAAGGGCUGAAAUUCUUGUUGCAGAAUUUUCAAGGGAGUUAUCAAAACUCGAUUUUUCAUCCGAUAAAGAAAAAUAUAAACCAGUCAUUGAUGAUACAAUUGAAGGCUACGUGAAAAAUAUAAAACAAAUAGCGGUCAUAGAAGAUGAAAGAAUGAUACAAGAACGUGUUGCAAGUGAAAGCCUUUCAGAAAAAGAUGACACAUGUUCAUCCGAAGAGGAGGUGCAACCAUCAUUUUCAAAUUCGAGGCGCGUCACAGAAGUGCAACCAUCAUUUUCAAGUUCGAGGUUCCUCUCAGUAAGUUUUAAAACAUAUCUUUUGAAAGAUGCAUUUCAAAAGCUGCAAUUAAGGUACCAAUUACUGAGAAAACCUCUUUUCGAAUUGUAUUUCCAAGAUCAAGGCAAUAAACAAGCUAGGCGACAAUAAACACGCAAUCUAAAUAUCGCUGAAAAAAUAUCAAAUGUGAGACCGUCAUCUAAAUCACUUGUCAACUCUCUACAGUUAUUUGAUCUAAGACAAAUAAUGAGUCUGUAGUAUGUGCCUAAAUUUUUCUUUAAAAUGUGUAUGGGUUUUAGAUUUCAUUUAAGCUUUUUGAAAAUAUAAAAAUGAUUGUGUCACACACUUGACUAGAUAGCAUGCACAAAUGUAAGUCUAAGUUUAGUUCAUGUGAAACACAGUUCAAGUACGGCUUCUAUUUGUUUUAGACUCCACUUUAAAAUAAAGGUAUUCAGUAAAAUAUGAGUAAAUGGAUUUUCAAAAGUUACUAAAUCUAAACGACUUUAUCAAAAUAUCGUAUACAUAACUUAAAAAAUAACAGUGUAUGGAAAAAUUUUAAUCUUUAAUUGGAAUGAAUUAGUAAUUUGUGUAAUGACAUAACAUAAUUUCCUAUAGAUGUUAUUGAUAUUGAAUUACUAUUUUUCAUUUUCUAUUUUAUUUACAAUUAAAUUAUUUAUAGUAUGCGUAAAAAACAGCCGUAUCUUUAUCCCCUUACAGCUUCAUCUUUAUUCCCUUUAUAGCUUUGAUUAAGAUGUGGCUGAGAUCUUUUAUGAUUUCAAAGAAAUAUCCACUGACAAGUUUCAUAUAUUUUCAUUCAGUGAAACAAACUCUGUUAUUUUGUGUGUCCAUACCGUACUUGGUCUUCAUUGUUAACAAGAUUUAAAGAUUAAUUACAACUUUAUUUUUAGGAGGUGCAAUCAUUUUCAAAUUCG